UCCAAAAUGGCGGAGGCAGGGAAGGAAAAAGAAAUGGUUGAAAAAACAUCAGAUGAAGAGAAAGAUUUAUCGAUACCUGAGAAUGGAGAGCAUUAUACCAGCGCGCCUAGCGAGGAUGAGACUGUGGAGAACUUGUCAGAGAAAAUGUCAACUCUUGGGUCUGAAGCACAACAACCAAAGUAUAACUGGAUUGAUAUAACAGAAGCUUUCAGAGAAUCCUCAAUAGAGCUAAAACAUGGAGAACUUGUGCAUGAUAACAUGUUUGGAUUGUUUGAAGCAAUGUCUGCCAUUGAAAUUAUGGACCCAAAAAUGGAUGCUGGGAUGCUUUGUAACAAGACUAGAAAAGUAGUUCAGUUUAAACCUGCUGUGGAGGCUGGAAUGAUAAAGAUUAAGGAUUUCACGUCAGACGAGCUUCUUGGGAUUAUGGACCAGCUAAUGGCAUGUUUGGUAACAUGGCUGGAUGGUCAUUCCUUGGUACAGACAGUAUUUAUUUGUCUUUAUAUGCAUGAUCCUUUCCUCAUUGAAGAUCUCUGCCUUAAGGCAUAUUGUAUAGCUAUAUUGAAGUGCUGUGAGUUCAUUAGAAUUGCUGUCAACACUGCUCAAGUCUUUGAGGAGGAAGAUUUCCAGUCAAUGACAUAUGGAUUUAAGAUGGGUAGUCAAGUCAGUGAAACAAGAACUGCAGGCAUGCUUAAAGAAGCAGAAGAAGAAAUAUCAAGGAAAUUGAAAAAUGCUAGAAUAGCCUUAAAGACAGAAACAAACUCAACAGAUCUUCAGGUAGAAAUAAAGAAAAACGAAGCCAUUCUCGCAAGACUCAAGUUCCUUAAAGCCUUUUAUUGUGCAGUUGUAGCAAUAGACAAAUCAGAGUGUAAUGGAGUCACCACAGCCAAACAGCUUCUCAAUACAGCCCUGACCCUUGUGGAUCCUAUCAAAAAGACCAUACAACUGGGACUUACUGCAGACUUAGAGAAAGGAGAAAUGUUGGGCUUUGAACCAUUAGUAAACCAGCGUCUUCUUCCUCCAUCUUUCCCUCGUUACGUGUUGGUGUUCGACAGAGAAGCAGCAAUUGAUUAUUUGCAGCUCAUAGUGAAGAGGCUUAUUCAUGUUUGCAGUAUAGUGGAGUGUAACCUUCUACAUAUGAUUAUUGACUUUGUUUCUGAGUUCAGUAAAACCCAUCCGUGUGUUCUCACAAGAUCCAACUUACAGCUUAUGGUUUGGCAGAAUAGUAAAUUGUUUGGUAGAAUUCCUGGAGUUGAUGUCGUACGUGAUGCAAUUAAAGCAUUCAACAGUCCUCCGUCCAUAGCUGAAAAGUCGUCGCUGCUGAAUAACCCAAAGGCUAAAGAAAUAUCAGAUUUGUUUAUAAACAGAGCAGUACGGUCUAUGAAAUCAGUGACCCACACUCUUGGCCACAAUCGUGCAAGACAGAGAGACAAACUAGGGCAAUUGUUGGAGGAAUUUGCAAGCUUACAAGACGAGGCAGACAGAGCAGACGCUGAACUUCACACUCUGCUGACCAAAUAUGAGCCUCAGCGCCAGCACUUUGCGUGUUUUGGAUCCUGGGUUCUCUAUCACACCCUAAACAUCAUGGUCCAAUACUUGACUUCUGGGUUUGAAUUGGAGCUGUACAGUCCUUAUGAAUACCACUACAUUUACUGGUAUUUAGACUUUCUUUUUGGAUGGCACAUGACGUGUCUUAAUCGAGCAGAGAAGUUGCUACAAGCACAAGAAGCUGCUUUGGAACAAAAAAGUGGGAGAAGUGGGAAAAAGAAUAAAAAGAAAAAGAAAGCCAGCGAGAAAGCCAUUCAAGAGCACCAAGGAUGGCGCCAUCUCUUCCAGGGUAUGAGGUAUCUCUGUCAAGGAUAUCUAAGGAUUCGUUUCGAGCGCCGAUUCCUACCGUUCCAAACGGUAGACACACCUCAGCCGAUGUAUUACGGACACUACCAAGAGUUUGUAGACAUGUCCAAAGCCAAAGACGUAAAGGCCCGUGAUCUUUUCGUGCUCUCUGCCAACUUAUUCCAUCAAGCAAAGUUGAUCUUUGAUAUGGUUUCAAUUUCACAGGAAGAGGUUGCGCUGGUGCUCAAAGUUUCUAAAACUAACCUUGUCGUGAUGAAGUUGGCUGCAGGCGGCCAUAAGCAGGAAUCGUUAAACGUCCCAACAUUUGAGUUCUCUUCGCACCGUGCGUUUCCGAUCAUCCGCCUUAAUUAAAUAAUACUCUUUGGAAUUUAUUUUUAUUUCAUUCGAUGAAAAAAAAAACACUUUUAACUAUUUAAAUAUUCUGUGAAAAGAAACGAAUGAGCUAUCCUAUCCCCACGUUAUUUUAUUAACUCUUCUUGACCUCUCGUCAAGUUAAGAACUGAUCUCCCCUAAGAGGAGAUUUUAUCCGGCUUGCGUAUCGCCGGGGAAAAACAAACACACUUACACUCAAAUGGCUUCUCGAUUCAAGCGCUGUGAUUGGACCGUGUGCGCGAUUGCGUGUUUUGAUUGGUCAAGAUCAGAGCUGUAAAAGUCGCAUUACCAUAGUAAUGUGGAAUACAAUAAAAGUCUUUUCUUCAAAUCUUUAUACGCUAUGAAAUGGAGAAAAUGUACACGCGAAUUCUAUUGUAAGAAGAUAUAUUUUGUGUACUUUAUUUUAUGGCGAAACUAAAUAAAAAAUCAUGUGAUUUGAAA